ACAGUGAAGACGUCAACGGCCUCGCGCAUGCGCAGUGUGUGUUUCUGGUUCAGUGGUGGUGAAGAUGGCAGCGCCUAUAGACCUGGAGCUGAAAAAGGCGUUCUCUGAGCUGCAGGUGAAGAUGAUCGACACGCAGCAGAAGGUGAAGCUGGCCGACCUGCAGAUCGAUCAGCUGACGCGUGUUCAGAAACAUGCUAAGCUAACGCACGCGGAGGUCGCCGUGCUGGCGGACAACACGCGGCUCUACGAGGGAGUUGGACGCAUGUUUAUUCUUCAGUCGAAGGAAGACAUCAACAAUCAGCUGAUGGACAAACAGAAAACAGCUGAGGAGAAAAUCAAAGAGCUCGAGCAGAAGAAGGUGUACCUUGAACGCAGCGUGAAAGAAGCUGAAGAUAACAUCCGAGAGAUGCUGCUGUCCCGGAGAGCUCACUGAUCAGGAACCAUGGUCAGGAGCCAAUCAGUGAUCAGGAACCAUGGUCAGGAGCCAAUCAGUGAUCAGGAACCAUGGUCAGGAGCCAAUCAGAGUCUGAGGACGUUCUCCAGUUCUCAGCAGUGAUCCAGGAUGGAGCUCUGCAGACUUUAGCCUUUACUGUUGUUGUGUUUUGGGGAGAUAAUAACGUGUUGAUGUCAUAUUAAACUGUUGAACCUUCA